AGCUGGGCUCUUCUCUCACAUGCUAGUGAGAUCACUUUGAUUGGAAUGUUACAGGAAUUGCUGGGCUGGCCGUGCAGAAUUGAAUGCUGCAUUAUAUAAUUAGAUCUCCCAGAGUAUUUUUUUGGCGUUACCUCAUUAUUCUAGCUUAAAUAUGGAAUCAGUCCUUUUGAUGACUUUACUGGUUGUAAUUAUAUUAAUACGAUUCGUUUUAUGGUCCUGUCUUAGUGCUUAUAUAGAUUACAAACUGUCUCGAAGGUUUCCUGACAGGAAAAAAGAGCUCUAAAAGAGCUCAAAAGGCUUCUUCAGAUUUCAACUGACAACAAGGACAACUGGAUGAGGUAAAUGGACCUAGAGCAGAUUUUACUCUGGCCUCUGAGGACAGAGCAAUGGCCGGUUGAGACUGCAACUCAGUGAAGGUCCUUCAGAAGGCC